AUGCUGAGACUGAGGAAGAUUGUUGGUUCAGAUAAUCCUGUCUUGAUGUCUGCUGCCGAGCAAAUAUUUGGAGCCUGUGGGAAAAGGAUUAGACCAGCUUUAGUUUUUCUAGUUGCAAGAGCCACGACAGAGAUUACUGGUUUGUCGGAACUCAGGAAAGAACAUAGAAGGUUAGCCGAGAUCAUUGAGAUGAUUCACACUGCAAGUCUGAUACAUGAUGAUGUAUUAGACGAAAGUGACAUGCGGAGAGGACAGGAAACUGUUCAUCAAUUAUAUGGCACAAGAGUGGCUGUUCUGGCCGGGGAUUUCAUGUUCGCCCAGUCAUCAUGGUACCUAGCAAAUCUUGAAAAUCUCGAAGUUAUCAAGCUCAUAAGCCAGGUCAUCAAUGACUUUGCUCGUGGCGAAAUAAAACAGGCGUCCAGCCGGUUCGACUGUGAUCUCCAGCUUGACGAGUACCUAAUGAAGAGUUACUACAAAACAGCUUCCCUAAUAGCCGCUAGCACCAAAGGAGCCUCCAUCUUCAGCUCGGUCCAUACUGAUAUAACCGAGCAGAUGUACCAAUUCGGAAAGAACCUCGGCCUCUCUUUUCAUGUCGUUGACGACAUUUGGGACUUCACCCAGUCGGCCGAGCAGCUGGGCAAGCCUGCCAGGAGUGACCUGGCAAAGGGUAUUUUGACUGCCCCUGUUAUUUUCACCCUGGAAAAGGAGAUGCGGCUGAGGGACAUAAUCGAGACCGAAUUUUCCGAGUCGGGCUCGCUUGAAAAGGCCAUUGAUUUAGUCAAGAACCGUGGGGGUAUUGACCGGGCCCGUGAUCUGGCCCGGGAAAUUGCUGAUCAGGCAGUCUGUAAUCUGCACUCUGUAAUCUGCACUGCCUUCCGCAAAGUCCCUUCAGGCAAGCGCUUGAGCGGGUGGUGA